GUAAAUCCUUCCGAGUUUGGAUUUUAUUUUAAUUAGUGGUGUUAUUGUUGCAAGGUACGGUUUUAUUUUGAAAAUUUCACUCUUAGACAUUUUGUAUAUAUAACAGAGGUGGAGUGCAGAUUGCAGUGCGUCCAAGUUUUUGUGGUUUUCUGUAAAAGGACAGAUAUAUUUCUAGUUUGUCGAGGCGUGAUUUGUGCCGGUUCGUUCGUUCGUUCGUUCGUUCGUUGGUUGGUUGGUUCAUCCCGGCAUCCGCACCUGCAAAAUCUAAUACGUACAACGCACGUCGCGGUAAAUCAUUAAAUAUUAUUUAUAUAUACAGUUGUGUGAGAAUUUUUGGCAGCGACACUGAUUUGUGUCGUCCGGCGAAGUGUCCUGAGGUAUAAAAUAACAUACCGAUGUUACACGCGAGUCACGAAUCUCGAUAUUUUAAACAAUUGUACACGCAUACACCGGAUUUUUCAUCUAAAUCCUAGAAUUUACCGCGUGUGAAGGAAAAAUUUGAUACUCAUCGACAUUGUCGCUGGAUUAUUUAAAUAUUCAUCUAUCCGCGCAGACCUUCAAGCUUGAACACGUGAUUGCUUCGAGAGGUUGGCCACGCAUCGCCACCUCCGCCAGCACCGAAUAACGCCAACCAACGAGAAAGCUUGCCGGCUCCGUCCCGUGGACCGAGAACUCUUCUUCUUCGACGUGGUGAAAAUGGCUUCGGAUUCACUCUGCGACACUUCAUCGUCUACCCGCCCGAGUCCUGCUACCAGAUGUUACCGGGACACGAGCGGGCCAGGAUUGACGAGCCGAUGGACACGAUCUUCGUGAAACAGGUACGCGCCAAUUCUCCGGCAUCGGAAGCCGGGCUUCGGACAGGGGAUCGAGUCGCGUCCGUCGACGGGGUGCCGACGAGGGGCGAGCAGUACGCUCGCGUGGUCCAGAGGAUACAGCAGGCGGGUCCUUGGCUACGUCUAAUCGUCGUUUCCAAGGACGACGACAUCUUGCAACGGUAUUUUGGUGAAACGGCACACAAUCCCGAAACGAAUCAACGACCUCGACUUCGCUCGCCGGACAGAACGUCGCAGAAGCAAAGGAGAUCGACGAGCAUGAUACCAGGUCCGACACCCAGGAGCCGACAAUCCUGGGUCUGUUCUCCACCGGGUUCCGAAAACCAGGGUACAACCCUUCAUCCGUACAAACAACAGAGAGAAGAAGUCUACAAGGAUACUAAAAUGCUAGCACCGACCCAGCGGAGGCCUCUGGAGGCUCACAAUCAGGAGACGCUCUACGACCAUCCGGAGCGACCGCAGAGACGGCAGAAAGAACAGCAAAAUCAAAUUCCCCAGCCGUUCAGGCAGCCGCCGGAUUCGAGAUUUGACUUGUACGACAGAACGAGGCCCGAGUCGAUAUACUCGAGGCCGUCGAACACCGAGCAAAUCUACGACAGGAUAAAGGACCCGAUUUACGAGAGGGUCCGACCCUCGGACGUGAUCAGCAAAUCGCUCGAUCAGUAUCCAAUGUCCAGGGCUGAACCUCAGGUGCCGAUUUACAGACCUGGAAGAAGGGUCGUCAGUCGGAGGGCCAGCGAAGGCAGCGGAAUGGCCAGCGAAGUCGAGUCUCAGGCCUACGGUAGCAUGGACGCCCUCAAGUCCAGCACUCCUGGUUCCCGGCUGAGCAUGGAGUCCAGGAGGGAUUCGAGCCCUGCCAGCAAGGAGAGUCUCUCCUCGUACGACUCGAAUUCAACCCUGACCGGCAACGAGUACUCCGACGAUUCUGUUAUCAUGAACAGAUUGAGGCGGAGCUUUGAACAGAAAGAGGAGUUUCUCAGGCGACCGAGUCAGCCGAUCGGAUGGCUCACACCCGAGGAGGAGUCGAAGCGUAUUCAAAGGGAGUUUUACGCAAGGCCGCAAAAACUUCAACGACAAGUAUGGCCUCCCAACGAACAGCAGGCCAGUAGACGGCAACAUUCUCCGACGAGAAACUCCGUUGAGAGAAAUACCAGGGCUCCCAAACCUACGAAUCAAAGUUUGCAGAGAGUUAGAGGUGAUUUGGACAGCGAAACUGAGUAUUCUAAUCAGCUUGACGGAGAGAACGACGACGACGUCGACGACAACGACGAUGACGACGAAGAUGACGGAGAUCAGCCUGGCAUAGAGGAGAUUCAGGCGAAACGUGACCAGUUUUAUUCCUCUCUUUACGACAGCAACGGUCAGUUCGUUAAAGAAAAUCAUUUCAAGUACGGACCGCCUGUCGCAGGAAACAAUGGCAAUAAGAUUAACAACGACGCGCAGUUCAGAUCUUCGAAUACGAGGAGCGGCAACAAGGCUGCCUUUGUAACGACGCUGUCGAGGAUACACGAGAAUGUCACGUCGAACCAGCAGGGUGGUGGUCAGGAUUUGAGGAACGGAACUUCGUCUCUUCCCUCCUCGCCCGGACCGGAAAAGAAAAAUAACGAUAAAUUUUCCGUACCGCCUCAAGGAUUACAGAUUGUGUCUCGCAGGGCUAAGCAGUUUGAGUCGGGACGACUGCUCAGCGACGAUGACGAGCCGACUAGUGAUAGAACUAAUUUGUACAAAAGUGAAUUAUCUAGGUUAUCAAGUAAACGAAGUGUUCCUAAUGUGGCUGUUAGAAAAAGAGAAUUUGAAUCCAAAGCUGAGGCCAGAGAACCAAGGAGAAUACCAGCUCAUCGAGAGAGCAAAUCACUCGAGUCCGGGAGAGAAUUGUCGGGGAAUAGAGUUAUUCCUGUAGGCAGCAAGUACAUCCAUUGCGAACCGCCGGCUGGAUAUAGGGAAAUAAGAGAAAUGCCCGCGAUGGAAACUGAAUCCAUGCAUCUAAGGGCACGAAGUAACAGCGCGGAGUCUUGGGAGGCAGCGAAUAGCACGUCGCGACGAAAUGCAAGGCACACUUGGCAGACGGAAGUCGAAGAGGAAGAUGCGAAAAGAAACAAGGCUAAGCGUCAAGACAGUUACUUACAGGCGGUUAAAGCCCAGCUUGAGCGAGCACCCCAGCAAAGUCUGAUGCGACGUCAAGACGCGAUCCGCGAGGGUAACGCCGACGUCGACGGUCAACAAGUGUCUAAAACCGAGGAUCCAAACGACCCGCUAUUUCCCACGCCAAUAUUAGACCUGAAUCAGAAUUCCGAGACAAAUAAGACAACCCCGAAUAUAAUCGUUAGCUCGCCUCAGCCAGUCAGGCCCAAUCAACUUUCCAUCUCGAAUCCUCUGAGACCCUCGGAAAGCCCAGAGAACGGCUCUGGCUUCCUUACACCUGCUGAUACUGACGUGGAGACCCCAGAAGGCAUUUCUCAGAUCCUAGUUCCUGCACCAGUCCCAUCGCCGACGAACGGCGUGGUUAUCAGGCGACAGAAGUGCUCUAAGGCCCAGCAGAACAAUGACGAGGAUCGAGCGACCAGGAGAGUUUCCUACCUGAAAGCUACGUGGAGUGAACGCAUGCACGUCGACAGUGAUCUUGAGCUCUCAGACUCCGAGCCAGUUCUCGCUUUAAGAAGCGCCCACAGGCGAUGGCGUCCGCCCCUCUUUCCCGGGGACAUAACACCCCUACGACGCAUCUUCGAGGAUGUAACACAGGCGGCGUCGCUCCAUCGUCACUCGCAUCGCAACAGCAUCGCUGGGGGUCACAGCAACUCGAGUGGCACCGUGAGUCUGAAAGACGCUGAACCCGUCGAGAGAGAAGGACCUCUUCACGUCAAAUACACCGUCCUCGAAGGAAAGCGAUCCACAGAUCGUUCAUGGAAACAAGUCUGGGGAGUACUGCGAGGUCCGAUUCUUUACUUUUACAAGGAUCGUCACAGUCAGAGUCCGUCGUCGACGGGCGACGGCGAUGCCGGACAAAACGUCGACGUACGAUGUUCUCUGGUCGACGUUGCCGAGGAUUAUACAAAGAGAAAACACGUCCUCAGGGUCGCCAAUCCAGCCGCCGAAGUUUUGCUUCAAUCCGAGGAUGCCGCCUCCAUGGCUCUCUGGCUUCGCGCCCUCCACAAACACGCGGCGACCGAGAAAUCAUCCGACACUGCCACAAGUACGUCCAAACAGCAAGCGGUUCCUCAAACUCCGGGACCAACGACACCAAGUGCGACGGCUCAAGGCAGUCAGCGGUCGAGUCCAUUGCCAAGUCACAAGGGAAUCAGGAAAUUCACGUCGUUCAGGAAUCGAUCUCCGACCGGGCAAUCUCCUGUUAACAAAACGAGGAAGCCCAGUCAAACUAUGGAAAACUUACCGUCGCCAAAAAGUAAAACUUGGAAGGGCAGGGUCGCCAAACAACUUAGGCGAAUGCAUGGCCAGGCUGAAUCUCCGUCUUCUCCGACCUCUCAGCUGCCCCCCGAAGGCGCCACAUUCAAGAUUCCGCUGGAGCUGUGCCGACCAUCCACAUUCUCCGAGUAUGUACCGCUGAUUGUGGAAAUGUGUACCAGAAUAGUUGAAGAGCGAGGACUUGAGGUUAUUGGAAUAUACAGAGUACCAGGCAACACAGCUGCUAUAUCCCAACUGACUGAAAGUGUGAACAAGGGAUUUCAGAAUAUCAAUUUACAGGAUCCAAGGUGGAGCGACGUCAACGUGAUAUCAUCGCUGCUGAAAUCGUUUUUCCGUCAGCUUCCGGAUUCUCUAUUAACCGCCGAUCUUUAUCCAAUGUUUAUAGACGCGGAUAAGAUAGAGGAUCCUCAAAGGAGGAUGGCGACGAUAAGAAAAUUAUUGCGUGAUUUGCCAGAACACCAUUUUGAGACAUUGAAGUAUUUACUGUUUCAUUUAAAGAAGAUCGUUGAGCACAGUGAAGUGAAUAAAAUGGAGGCUAAAAACUUGGCUAUUGUAUUCGGACCGACUUUAGUUAGGGCCAGCGGUUCCAGGGACAACAUGGUCACCAUGGUUACCGACAUGUCCCACCAAUGCCGAAUUGUUGAGAGCUUGUUGAAUAACGUCGAUUGGUUCUUUUCUGAAGAGGAUUUGGACGAUCUGAGCAGAUUGAGCGUCAAUCUGAGCCUUCCAGCAGAUGGAAGUGAAGUUGAACCGACAUCCAUCAUAAAUCACAAUCUCCUCCUGAACAAUAUCCAUAAAGUUGAAGGCAUGCGCGAAAUGGUCUCAGCUAGGGAUAUUGUAUCCUCAAUCAUAUCCGCAGCUAACAGGAAAAUUCAGAGGAGACGAAAGGGACAGGAUGAACCAGACAACGAAGAACAUGACGACGAUAAGUCAAGAACGCAACAACAAGUUGAAAACUCCGCCGCAUCAAGACAAAGCAUGGCAAUGGCCGAACGUCAAUGUACAGUGAGCGAAAUGGUGUCGAUGCACGAGAAUAAGAGUCAAUCGAAUCAGUCGGCAAGUUCUAGUGGCAGUAACACUAAUUUUUCGGGAAAUAGUAGCGCGACAAAUUCUACCUUGACUCAACCUCAGUACUCGACGAGCCAGCAAAUCGGUACUACGACAUCGUCCGAAUCUCCCAGAAUCUCAGACGACGUUAGUCAGAGUACUUUCGAUACGAUAUCAAAUAUAUCUAAUUUUUCGAACGAUACGAAGCAAAGUAACGACGAAGUUGCCAUAAGAACGUACGCCGGAUUGAGCGCUACUACGCAAGAAAGAAUAAGGAAAUUUGAACAGGAGACUAAGGCGAUGUUGCAAAGGGACCAACCUCGGCAGAGACGCGAGGCGGAAAAACGUGAGGAGGAAAGAAAAAGAAUUGAAAUGGAAUGGCAGUUGGCAAAACAAGAAAUGGAGAAUGACGACCUUUUGGACAAUAUUGUCGUUGGAGCCGUGACGCCCACUUUUUUUACCGAAAGAUUGUCCAGCUCCAAUACCAGACUUUCUGGUAGAUCGAUAGAUGUCAACGAUAGCUGUAACCAGUCAAGAACUACAGCUACGGCGCGAAUACUGCCGAUAUCAGUUGCCGUGCAACAGCAACCAACGUCACAACAAAAAGCUCAGGCAAGCAGCCAGCUUUCUAGCAUAUUAGGGGAGAAGAUGAAUAACGGGGUCGUUAAAAAAUUCAAGACUGACAAGGAGCCAUCAAUGGAUUCUUUGUACCUUCCGCCGGCACGUUACGGCAGCCUCGACUCCCUGCACGAAGUUCACUCGCAUACAUCACUUUCGCCAUCGCAUCAGCAUCGCGGUUUACCCGGAGACGUUUCUGACGAUGGUAGCGAUCUUUUGACUAGCCUCACGUCGACCUUUGACAGAAAAUGGAAAUCACUUGUGAAUCCACCGAGUCAGUUGACGCCGUCCGAUCCACCCCCAAACAAACGAGAUAGCAGCUGCAAUAAUUGUUCUACGAAUCAUCAACCUGCGGAGGUCUAUCGAGAUCCCAGCCUCCACAAAACCUCUACAGGAGACAAGAUACGUCCCCCACACACCAAAAAUGAUAUUCCAGAAAAAGACACGGACUCCAGUGUUAUUUCUGACCCGACUACGCCCGAUAACGACCGAACCAUUCGUAAUAAAUUACCGGAAACAAAUAUAACUGUAAAUUUAUUAUCGGAAAAUAAUACGGUGAUAGAUGCUGCAGAAAAAGAUGAAAAUCCAAAGAAAAGCAACUCAAAGACUGAUGUAUCCGAUCUGCCUUACAGUUCAAAAGUAAAACGUUUUGAAUCCAUAAGUAAAGUUGAAAAACCUAAAAUUCAAAGCGGGAACGCCGGUUUGGCGUGCAGCAGCGAUACCAAAUUAGAUGAAGCAAAAUGUCCGGAUACAGACGAUGUUGAUACUUCGUAUUCCAACAAGUUACAAAAGUUUGAAAGCCUCAGUAAAAGCAACUCGGACACGAGAUCGAGAUUAAAGAGGUCAGAAUCCUUGAAUAAGAAAUCGGACAACGUUACGUCGAAGUUGAAGCGAUCGGAGAGCCUGAACAAACAUUCGGAUCGAUUAGCUUCUCCUACCAAUAGCAAAUUAAAACGUUCGGAAAGCUUGAACAAACACUCUGACAGAUCCGAAUCGCCGAAUAGUAAAUUGAAGCGUUCGGAAUCUCUAACUAAAACUGAGAAAACGGAAUGUAAUAUAAGCAAGCGCAGACAGUCGGUGAGAAAAGAAGGUGCUACGAAGUUGAAGAGAAAAAACGGAAUGCCUGAACGAUCCAUAAAGAGGAGACACACGGUUGGCGGAACCAAGGAUUUCGACAAAGUUCAUUGGCUAGACAAUAAGCUGCAAACGGAGGCUGAAAAAGUCAUAAAAAACGACAGCAAGCCAACGAAGAGUCAACUUCGGACCAGCUCACCGGAUUUGAGCAGUAAUCGCGUCAACGUUGCCGAUACCAGCUUUUUAAUCGAAGUCAGCUUCCGAGGACCCAGCAAUGUUGUUUUCAAUGUUACUAAUGCACGCCCGCAAUCGCUACCGGACGCUAAUCUUGCUUCGAAAGUAUUUAAGGUUCCUCUUGAGAGCCAUGUUUAAUAAAUAAGUGACGACAGAUAUGUUUGCUUAUAAAACUGCAAAGGUAUGUGAGGCGGACAAAUAUUCUUUAUUACUUCAAAAUUCAAGAAACCAUUCGAAGAUUCUUUCUAUGAAUUUUUUGCAAAUCAGGAAGACAUUUAUCUAUUCGUACACUUUGUGUAUUCCUAAAGAGCCGUAUCAAUUUAUACAUUACAACCGAUUUAAUAACGGUCGAAUACCCGAUUAACUUCAUAUCAUAUAAAUAUAUAUCAGUCAUUCAUCUAUUUUACUCUUACACCGAAAUGAUCUAUCAAAACAAUACAUGGACUCGUGAAAUUAUACACUUCACUUGAACAUACAGUUAUCAUGAACUAAGUAUUGUACAUACAUACAUACAUGCAUGCAUGGUGCGUAUAAUUGUUGUUUCGAAUACAUAUUACUACAAAAGUGAUAAAAUGUACCUUUCAAAUACCAGAUCUUCAAUAAGUCUUCCUGAUUAGUCUUACUUUCGAGCUAUGAUAUGACAUACCCUUUACCCAAAAUGGGUAACAUACUUUCGUUUGAGUUUCUUAUUUUGUCAAAUCGCAAACUCUUUUUAAAAUUGACGUUAUUCGAUUGUUCAAUUUAUCAGUUACGAGCUAAACAUGUUAUUAUUAUUGUUAAUAAUAUUAAUAUGGAAAAUAUGUAAAGUGUAGAGCGAGAGAGUGUGUGUGUGUGAGAGAGAGAGAGAGAGAGAGUGAGAGAGUAUAAAUUAUAAUGCUAAACGCUGUAUGGAGGUAUACCACUGCUGAUAAAUCUACACCGUGUCAAUUAUUUACACAUAUUAGUAAAUUGUGAUUGUGCAAUUUGUAUAUACAUAUAUAUGUGUGUAUGUAUAAAAAAAAAAAAAAAGAAACAGUUUUAUUAAACUAUAUGCUUUAGAGCGGGUCGUGAUAGUCUUGUAUAACGUACGAUAUCUAAUUUUAAAUUUAUAUUUUAAUAAUAAUUCUACAUUGUCUUAUCGGCAAGCUUCCUUUGUAGUAGCACUAGUAGUAGUAAUAGAAGUAGUUAUUGGUCAAUCCUUGAAAACUAUUACCUGACCUUAAGCUACAUGAUUCAUAAUUAUUGUUUAUUUUUGAGUGUAUUGAACUUUAUUAUUAUUAAUAUUAUUAUCCUAACCAAACUAGAUCGCACCCUCACGUAUGCCCAACGUAUUGCUGUUUAUAUAUACAAUAUAUCCUGAUAUAUGCACAUAUGAAAAAUAAUGACUUACUAAUGAUUAAUCAGUAAAAGACAAUGUCAUAAAUUAUCACCGGUAUACGCGUCACCGUUUUUAUUCUAAAUCAUUAUUCUUGCAUUAAUUAGCAAAGUUUUGUACAUUUGUUGAAUCAUUCCGCUCUCUCCAUUAUUGUGGAGUCGGAAAUUUUUAUCAUCAUUUCACCGGAGAAGUAAAAUGAAAACAUAAUGUAAUGAAAUCUUUAGGAAAUGUAUAUAUAUAUAUAUAUAUAUAUGUGCGUGUGUAUGUAUAUAUACAUCUCUCUCUCUCCAUAUAUAUAUAUAUAUAUAUAUAUAGGUAUAUAUCAUGUGAUAAAAAUGUGUCUCUCUAUAUAAGGUAUACAACAUAUAUACAAAAUCGUUAUGUUUUAUUGCUUAAAUGCAAAUCGAAAAAGGAAAUGAUAAAAAUUUAAUAAACAUUGAAUAUCCGUGCUGAGCUGCUGCUGCUGCCAAUAAUAUAGUGUAGUGAUUGAAAACGUUUAAAAAUCGGGUGUAUUAGUGAGCAUCGCAUAAUAAUGUUAUUAACUAACGUGGCAAUUUCGGUGUUAUCUUUUAAAUAUUAUCCCUCGCAUACUAGAGAAGAACGAUAUUGCGCAGACAUUGCUGUUUUAAAAAAUAAUUUUACAAAUACAUAUAGUUGUACCGAUCAAUAUCAGACCGUCGUGAUUCUGCGUAUAAAUAGUUUUAAUUUAAAAAAUUAACAUAUAUAGAAUACAUAGGUUUAUGGUUGACGUCCCGGACUCGAUACGACCUGAAUCUACAUGAUAUAGUUUACCGUUGCAUAUUAUCAUCUUACGAAUACUAGAAAUUACAUAAUUAUCUACGAAUUCUACGACGCGUUUUCCAUCAAUACGAAUGCAUGUAAGAUUCUGGAGAUGAGAUCGUGUUAAGAAUAUUCGCGUAAUCAUAGUUAAAUAUAAUGAAGAAUAGCAAAAUAAUGUUGAAUCAGUGAAAAUUAAAUCGAUGUAUUAUACGUAUUAACAAGUUUGUGCGAUAAUAGGUGGAAAAUUGUUUUUCAUUCUAAUGUUUGAGAUAUAACAUUUGGCAAUUUUAAAAAAAUUCCGGUUUGCAUACCAAAAGUUGAUUCGGACUCGGUAUUUAAUGUUAUUGUAUAGACGCUCUGCUAUUUGUACGAAGUCUGAGCUUUGCGUAAAGAAAUUAUCAAUUAUCUUGCCAAAUGCACUAUUGACGAUUAAUAAUUAUCGUAAUGUUAAUAAAAUGGUUAAUAAAAAUUUGAGGGAAAACGAAGAAAAAAUACGAGACAAAAAACGGAUUCUUUUUGCCUAUUCUGUAAAUAUCAACUGAAAUCUUGAAUGAUGAUAAGUAUUUAUUUCAAAAUGAUAUGAUAAUAAUAUUAAUAUUUAUUAAGUCACAUGUUAAGUAUAUUGUUUAAGAAUUCUGUAAUAUUGUACGGAAAAUUGAAUUUGUAAAUAAAUAUAUGAUUGUAAGAA